AAAAGUACCACACAUCACAACAUCACAUCGAUAACGUGACGAUUGGUAAACUUUUUUCCAUAAAGCCAGUUUGAAACAGCUGUGAUACAACUGCACAGCAAAAACCCCAGAGCAAUUUAUUAUAAAAAUUUUACAAGCAAAUCACAACCGUUUCUUCUGGGUAAAGUUUUGCGUGGGAACAGACCGUUCGAUAGCUCGACAAAAUGCGUAAACUGCGUGGUGGACAAACGAAGGAAUCGCGCAAACAGCGCCAGGAAAGGCGAGAGGAAAACCAAAAAAUCCAGGAACAACUCAAAACGGUGGUCUUUCCCACGGUUGUGGUGAUGUUCCUGUGCAUUGUGGUGUACGUGUAUCUCAAAACUCGGCCUCGGUACGAAGAGCUAUAAUCAUUCCGGCGUGCAAACCGGUUUACGUUUGAAUCGGAGACAUUCUAUUCUACCGUCGUUCCGUCCGAGCCAGCAACCUUUUACAAAUGUGGAACGUAUUUAUAUUUACAAUUUUUUAAACAAAUGCGCACACCAAUCCCGGGGCACAAAUGUAAAACUUUUUCUGUAUUAGGAAAAUGU